AUGGCCUCAUUCCCCAUCCCGGUACCCCUCCUGGCUUUUCUCCUGGGUCUCGCCGCGGUAGCAACGCGCGCUCAAUGGAUCGACUACCCCGCGGACGGCACCGCGACGCUGACGACUUACUCUCUGCCGGAGAACUACAUCGCCGCAUGCGGGUGCACCGCGGACAGCACGCACUACCCGACCGCCGCCAUGAGCCAGAUGGCGUACGGGAGCAGCAUGGCGUACGGCCCGGGCUGCGGCCGGUGCUUCAACCUCACGCUACUCAACACGUUCGAGUCCGACCCGCCGUUCUUCCCGGACGUGCAUAACAGCGUCGUCGUGAAGGUCACGGACCUCUGUCCUGUGGGCGGGAACGGGUGGUGCUCUGCCACGUCGAGUAAGCCGAAUAAAGGCGGGGCGUAUAUCAAUUUUGACCUUGCGUUCCCGUCUAACUCAAUAUCAAACGACUUCUUCCCCUCCAACGUCUCGGAAUACGGAUACGCUUCCUUCGGCGUAUGGAACGUCAGCUACGAGCUAGUCGACUGCCUCGGCUCCUGGGCCGGGUCCAACAACCAAGCUGCCCUCGGAAGCGUGCAAGACGGCUCCAGCGUAUGCUGUCCCGCUAACCCUUCCGGCAACGAUACCUGUCCUUCCUACUCACUACAAAAUGGUGUACCACCAGAUACCCAGACGUCCCAGUCUCCUACUUUGGCAGCGAUACCCGGCUUGGAAAUGAUAUCAGGGCAUGUACUAAUUCUGUUUUCUGUUUUUGGAUUCCUGGGAGCGCUCUCGUGUUGUUGA